AUGGCCUUUCGAGUUGGUGAUUCAGUCGAAAUUUUCAGCAAAGAAGAAGGGUUCGAGGGUUCCUACUAUGCAGCCAAGGUUCUCUCGGUUGAAAAGAAGCAAGUUUUAGUGGAAUACAAGACCCUGUUAACUGAUGAUGAAUCGAGUUGGUUGAGAGAGAUGGUUCAUUGCAAUCAAUUAAGGCCUCGACCUCCUGAAAUCAGAGUCUCUGAAUUCCGAUUGAACGAUGAAGUUGAUGCUUAUGAUAAUGAUGGGUGGUGGGCUGGGAAGAUAACGAAAAUAGAUGAAUCAAAGUACUAUGCACACUUUAAUGGUGGUGAAGGAGGUGGAGAUGGAGUUGCAGAGCCGUUUUCUCAGGUGACAGUUAUAGAUGAAUCUAAGUAUUAUGUGAAAUUCCCUUGUGGAGAUGAGAUUGGUUACUCCUUUUCUCAGCUUAGGGUUCAUCAGGAGUGGAAGGAUGGCGAAGUGUUCAAAGACAUCGUUGGCAGCGCAUAUUACAUUGCGCCUGAAGUCUUGAAGAGAAAAUAUGGUCCAGAAGUGGAUAUAUGGAGUAUUGGUGUCAUGUUGUAUAUACUUCUCAGUGGAGUUCCUCCAUUUUGGGCUGAGUCGGAGAAUGGAAUUUUCAAUGCAAUCUUGCGUGGUCAUGUUGACUUCACAAGCGAUCCAUGGCCCUCAAUUUCAUCUGGAGCAAAGGAUCUUGUCAGGAAGAUGCUAAAUGCAGAACCCAAGCAAAGGUUGACAGCAUUCCAAGUUCUUAAUCACCCAUGGAUCAAAGACGGAGAUGCACCUGAUAUACCUCUUGAUAAUGCUGUCCUCAACAGGCUCAAACAGUUUAGAGCAAUGAAUAAGUUCAAGAAAGUUGCUCUUCGGGUUAUAUCAGGUUGUCUAUCAGAGGAAGAAAUCCAGGGACUCAAGACGAUGUUCAAGAACAUGGACACUGACAGUAGUGGAACUAUAACACUUGAAGAGCUGAAACAAGGACUCUCCAAGCAGGGAACCAAGUUAUCUGAGUAUGAAGUUAAACAACUGAUGGAAGCUGCUGACGCUGAUGGCAAUGGAACCAUAGACUACGAUGAGUUCAUCACAGCAACAAUGCAUCUGAAUAGAAUGGAUAGAGAAGAGCAUCUUUACACCGCAUUUCAGUAUUUUGACAAAGAUAAAAGUGGGUUUAUUACUACAGAAGAAUUGGAGCAAGCUCUCCGUGAGUUUGGCAUGCAUGAUGGCAGAGACAUCAAAGAAAUCCUUUCUGAAGUUGAUGGUGACAAUGAUGGUCGGAUCAACUAUGAUGAGUUUGUUGCAAUGAUGAGAAAAGGGAACCCUGAUCCAAACCCCAAAAAGCGACGUGACGUAUUUGUUUGAUGGGGGGGUGGCAAUGGUCUAUAGCAAGAGAAAAGAAAAUUCCAAUUGAGAUAGUUUUGUGUGUGACAUUAUAUAUAUAAUCUCCCAGAUGUUGUCAUGGUGGGGAAGUUGUGAAUAUGUGAAAAUUCAAGAAUGGGUGAUACUCAUGUACAAUAUUUGAAGAGGAA